AUGGAAGACCCAUUAUCUGCAGGCGGCUGGCGGUUUGCACAGUGUUUUGGCGAUAAGGGGGAGGUAGAGGAUAUCACAGAAGCGGACAUCAUCUCAACUGUCGAAUUCGACUCGACUGGCAACUACCUUGCUACGGGAGACAAGGGCGGCCGAGUCGUUCUCUUCGAGCGCAAUGAAAUGAAAAAGGGAUGCGAGUACAAAUUCUACACUGAAUUCCAGUCGCAUGAGCCGGAGUUCGACUACCUCAAGUCAUUAGAAAUUGAGGAGAAGAUCAACAAGAUUAAAUGGUGCAAACGACAGAACUCGGCCCACUUUCUUCUAUCGACUAACGACAAGACAAUCAAGCUUUGGAAGGUGUUCGAAAAGACACUACGGGUGGUCUCAGAGUCCAAUCACCAUGACGGUCAACGUGUCCUACCCCCUCCAUCAUCACAUUCUCAUCUCCGCCUUCCUCGCAUGUCGCUUCAAGACAACAUCAUAGCCGCUGUCCCUCGCAAAGUGUACGCAAACGCCCACGCGUAUCACAUACACUCCAUCUCAGUAAACUCGGACCAAGAGACGUACAUCUCCGCUGAUGACCUCCGAAUCAAUCUGUGGAAUUUGAAUAUCAGCGAUCAGAGUUUCAAUAUUGUAGACAUCAAACCUGUCAAUAUGGAGGAACUGACCGAAGUCAUAACCGCUACUGAAUUCCACCCGAACCACUGCAACCUAUUCAUGUAUUCGAGCUCCAAGUCGAAUAUAAAGCUGGCGGAUAUGCGCGACUCUGCGUUAUGUGAUCGACAUGCAAAAUGUUUCGAGGAGGAGGAAGACCCAAUAACGCGAUCGUUCUUCUCAGAAAUCAUUUCGUCGAUUUCAGACGUGAAGUUCAGCCACGACGGUCGGUACAUCUUGUCGCGAGACUACCUCUCGCUUAAGAUCUGGGACAUCAAUAUGGAGAGUCGACCUGUACGAACAAUCCAAAUUCAUGACCAUCUACGGGGCAAACUAUGUGACUUGUACGAGAAUGACUGUAUAUUCGAUAAGUUUGAGUGCAUCUGGGGAGGCGACGACAAGCACGUCUUGACCGGGUCGUACCACAAUUACUUCCGGAUAUACGAUACCGAUGGUCCCAACGACGUUGUUCUACAAGCUGACAAAUCCGCUUUCAAAGCGAAGAGGAUGGGUGGACCAUUGCCUGGCAAUAAAGCCGGGAAGAAUGGUGUUGGUAAAGGGGCGGGGACGCUGCGGGAUGCGAUGCAGCUCGAAGCAUUAGAUUUUAACAAGAAGAUCCUACAUGCGAGUUGGCAUCCGAACGAGAACACGAUUGCCAUUGCCGCCACGAACAACUUGUUUUUGUAUAGCGCGGCUUAA